AUGGCAUUCGAUCAUCGUCAAGUAUUAUCACUUUUAGAUGAUUUAAUGAAACCAAUAUCAACAGUAAAAAUUUCUGCUCAAGACGAAGAACAACAACAAAUUUUAACUAUUAAUCUAAUCUUUUCCAAUGCUUGUGAACGUUUUCUAGAAACUAGUACUUCACUUGAUUUAAACAUAUCACUAAACAAUGAUCAACCAGCAUAUUAUCGUUAUUUACAAAUUCAUUUAACUCUUCUUGAAAAACUUCUUUCAUAUGAACAAACACAUCUUUCAUCACAUAUUCCAUUAUUUAGUAUUCAAGAUGAAUCGAUACUUUCUCGUUCAUUAUCAUUUGUUAUUUUUCUUGGUUUAGUUCUUUAUUUUGAUGAAGGUAUUUAUUUAUCCAUAGAAAAUUAUCUCAAAAAUUCUAUUACAUCAAUUCAUUUUCUAAAACUUAAAACAAAUUUAACACAUCAUGAUCGAAUGUUUUAUCUUCAUGAAACAUUAAAUUGUUUUAUGAAAUGGAUAAAAACUACAAAUAUAAAUUCUUAUAUUACACAACGUUUAUGUACUUAUCAUUUAUUAGAAAUUAUUCUAAGUCAUUUACAAUUACUUUAUUCACCAAAUUUAAAAUAUUCUCAAAUAGAAUUUUCAUCCGAAAAUCUUCUUUAUCUUCAAACAAAUUUUUCCAAUCUAUUCAUACAACAAGUUAUGCUCUUAAAUCGAUUAUUAUCAACAACAAUUAAUAGUCCUAGUUGGCUUAAAAAACGUUGUGGAGAUAUUUUAACAUCAAUAUUAAUUCACCCAAAUAAUCAUGGUAUACGUCAAAUAUUUCAAACAAUUUUUGAUUCAACAACACCGAAUGAUCGUUUAUAUACCUCAAUGUCACAAAUACUUUCAACAUGUCCGAAAGAUAUUCAACCUGAAGAAUAUAUUCAACGUAUUAAAUUUCAAUUAAUUGAACUUAUUCAUGAUAAACGUUAUAUGCCUAUAAUAUGUAUAUCAAUAAAUCAAUUAUUUAAAAAAUAUCCAAAAGUAAUUGAAAAGGAAAUUUUCUCCAAUUUAUUUCAACCUUUAAUCUCAUGUCAAAAUCCUUUAAGUGAACAAAUAUGUACAGAAGAACAAUUGAAUUUAUUUAUAGAUGAUUUAUAUAAUUUAAUAAGUAUAAAUUCAUAUGAACAAAUACGAAUUUAUUUAUAUGAAAAUUAUUUAAAAGAAUUUAUUAAUAUUUAUCUUGCAUUAGAACAAUCAUUAUCAGUAUUAAAAAUAAAAUUUUUUAAUAUUUUAACAAUUCUAUUCUCAUCGAUUGAUAUGGAAAUAUGUAUUGAUUAUUUUGAAAAAUUUUUAUUUCAUAUGAAUUUUUUUUCAUUAAAAUUUCUUCCAAAUGAUUCAUCAAAUUUUAAUUUAAUUCUUGAAAAAACUUCGGAAUAUUCAUUAGAAAUAUUUUGUCAAUUAAUAAUUAAAUUAUUAUUUUCUAUUGAAAAUAACGAAAGAUUGGUUGUUAAAUUCUUUCUUCAUUUAUUACAAUUAUUAGUAACAGAUAAAAAUUUAAAUCAAUCAUUUAUUUGGACAGAAAAUGAAAAACAAACAAAUAUAAAACAAUUAAAAAUUAUGGAAAUCUUAAAAUAUAUUAUGGAAUAUUUAACAGAACAUAUUGAUAUAUUCAUUAAAAAUGUUGAUGAUACAAUUAAAGUUAUUCAGAUUAUUCUUGAAAAAAUAACCAAAACAUCUCAAGAAAAAUCAAAAAAUAAAUUUUUGAUUAAAACAACCGAUGAAGAUGAUGGUGAAGAAGAAGAGGAAGAUCUAUCAUCUGAUAAUGAAGCAUUACAAAUUAUUUUUACUAUUGCAUCAUUAUUAAUAACACAUUAUGAUCAAUUAUCAUCUGAGAAUAAACAAAUUCUUGCUUCACUUUAUUCAUCAUUCGUAUGGAUUGAACAGAAUCAUUCAAAUACUGAACUAUGUCAAUUAGCUCAUGAAUUAUCAAUGGCUUUCGUAACAUUUGGUGCUGUUAAAGAAAUUUCCAAUGAAAUCAAAUCAAAUUUAUUAAUAGAAGAAAUAAAUAAUGAACGUGAUUUACGUGCUGAAACAUAUGAAAAUGCUUUUGCUUGUUUAUCCGAUCCAAGUAUACCAAUACGAGCACAUGGUUUAAUAUUAUUUCGACGUUUAAUUGAACGAUCCGAUAAAGAAACAUUAUUAAAAAUUCAAGAUAAAAAUUUAAGUUUAUUAAAACAUUUUCAACAACAUUUGCAUGCAGAAGAUUCCUAUGAAUAUUUAGCAGCUAUUAAUGUUCUUUGUGUAUUAGCAAAUCAAUAUACAGAUGAAAUUUUACCAAAACUUUGUAAUGAAUAUAUAAAUAAAAAUCGAAAAUUAGAAGAUAAAUUAAAAGUUGGAGAAAUUCUAGUUAAAACAUGUCGAAUACUAGGUGAUAUGUCAACAAAAUAUUCAUCGUUAUUAAUCAAUACAUUCCUAAAUGCUUCAAGACAAAUCGAUGAUGAUAUAUAUCGUGCAAGUGCAUUAUCAAAUCUUGGUCAACUAUGUACUGUUCUAAAAUAUUCACUUUCAAAAGAUCUUUCUGAAAUCUUAAUUGCUUUAAAGAGUUAUCUAUCAAUAUUUGAAUCUUGUGAUGUACGACGUGCAUCAAUUCUUGUUUGUGAACUUCUAUGUCAAUCACUUGAGCAAUCAACAUGGUUAACAGUACUCGGCAGUGAACUACCAUCAUUUUAUCAAUUAAUUAAUCAUCUUUAUAAAACUGAUAAAGAUGAUAUAGUACGUCUACAUGCACAAAUAGCACUUGAAGCAUUAAAUUCAAUUUGUCGAGAUUAUUUACAACCACCAGUAACAUUAGAAAAAAAAAUUCGUAUUCUAUCAUAA